ACGUCACUUCCACCCAAACAAAUGCAGCUGGGCAGCGAGGGACCGUGACUUUCAGAAGCGUGGAGUGAAAAUAACGAAAGCUCGCUGGCAGUAUGAACGCGGCUCUGAAGCACUGGAAGGAGGCGGCAACUCUUAUUUUAGCCGCGGGCCAGAGGCUCGGCACGCACACUGUACCGUCAAGGACACCGCUGGGCAGCAGCCUUGGACGGUCACACCUGCCCCACAAGUCCUGCUUUGAUUACGACGUUUUACUGCUUAAACGAAGCAGUAAAAGUGGAUUCAUGCCCAAUGCGUACGUGUUUCCCGGCGGCACGGUGGACUCCUCGGACUUUUCCAGUGAAUGGCUGGACAUUUUCAAAUCUUUCAGGAACUCGCCCAAUUUUGGUUUGAGUAGUGUCAAACAGCCUGCGGAGACUAGACCUCCAAUCUUCGCCACAGACCGACUAAAACUGGGCUCUCCUAUCCCGGGGGAGGUCGCCUUCCGCAUCACCGCCUUGAGGGAGACGUUUGAGGAGUCCGGUGUGCUCCUGGUCGUGUCUAAACUGGAGGAGAGAAGUUUGUUAAAGAGCAUAGAGGACAGGUGUGCCACUGAUCAAGUGCUGCAUUACAAAGUUAACGAGCUGUGCAGUAGUGAACUCGCAAAGUGGAGGGCUCUGGUAAACCAAAACCCCUCCAACUUCGUCAGGAUGUGCAGGGAGUUGGAGGUGUUGCCUAACAUCUGGGCUUUACAUGAGUGGGGCAACUGGCUGACUCCCACAGCCCGAUACGGUGUGACGAGGUUUGACACAGUUUUCUUCAUCUGCUGCCUGCAGGAGAUCCCACACACACUUCAAGACGAGAAGGAAAUCGUGCGCUUUCAGCAUGUGCUCAACAGUCUCUGGUCCCAGCAUCAGUUGUGUGGAUUUUCUGCUCUCUGGCAGUCUUGUGUGAUAUGGUCCACCCCCCCAGAGGUCCUACAGAGCUACCAGGAACGGAAGUUGUGGAUCGCCUCCCCACAGCUCUACGAGCUCAGCCGCAUGUGCCGCUUCCCUUUGCUGAAUGACCUCCACAAUUUCUCCAGCCAGCGUGCCACAGAGGGCUGCGAACAGUGGCUGCCUGUUAUUGUCUUAAAAGACGAACACUACAUUUCACUGCUGCCAGGUGACAAACUGUACCCUUCAGGAGAGGCUGAGGGGGAUUCGAGCACCGACACUCAGCUGGAGGAUCCUCAGGAUGAUUCUGGACUGAACCGCAUUGUGAUCUCAGAUCCAUACACUGCAACUCUACAGGUCACCAUCACGCCCAAGUACAAUCAUCUGCUCCCUGUUGUAGAGCAAGCCUUCCCACAUGACUCAGAAAGCAAGCCUUGACUUUGAGCCUACACGUUGUACGAGCCCUAAAACUGCUCUGCAAUGCAUAUAAUUUUUGUACCAUUAUUAUUUAAAGCAGCGGUCUGAAGCACUGCUUAUGGAAAUAUCAAAUGGGCCUUUUUCACAGCAGAUAUUUUGACUUGUCAUGGUAGGAAAAGCACAGGUGUUACUAAUAACACUUAAAAUGGCUCUGUUCUAUUCAUGUGACAUAGGAAGGAGGCAGACACGUGUGGUGACUACUCGCAGAGCUAGUUAGUGAACUGUUGUAGCUGGCAAGCUAACCGCCAGUCAAUCACAAUACCUUCCGGAGGGUAUCUCCAUUGUCUCUCUCCUUUUUUGCGUUCUCCAGUAACUUAAAUAAAAAUGUGCAAGAUGAAGAGGGAACAUUAAGCUCUCUGCUGCUACGAGCCAGCUAACAGGACAGGAAAUUCAGUUUAGUCAAAAGAUGUAUUUGUAUCAUUGACUCCUGUCUCAAAACUACUACAAUUCCUCCAUUUUUGUCUCUCUGGCGUUUCCUCCCCACAAAGGUCAGCACAACCCAGACAUCUUGCUAUACUGUAAAAGUUCACCAGUGUUGAACUCUACGUGGACCUCGCACAGAUUAAUUUUGCGUGUGUGUGUGUGUGUGUGUGUGUGUGUGUGUGUGUGUGUGUGUGUGUGUGUGUGUGUGUGUGUGUGUGUGUGUGUGUGUGUGUGUGUGUGCGUGCGCGCGCGUGCGUGCGCGUGCGUGCGUGCGUGCGUGCGUGCGCGUGCGUGCGUGCGUGCGCCCGCCCUCCCAGUAGGAGUGCAUAUGUCAGUGGUGGAUGCACUGUAGGACUUCCACCCUUUCUCCUUUGGGUUUCUUCCCUGCUCACAGAGGUGUCCUUCAUGGCAAAUUGAUAACUCAUAAGAAAUGAUCUCUGUCAUAGGUUGUACCCUGUGUCUGCCAUUUAUAAAUUCAUUUAUUAUUAAAUGGAUCAAUUUAUUCAUUAUUAA